GCUUGCAGGCUCAAGUAGGGGAUGCCAAUCAAAGCAUCAACUUCAAAUUGUAUCUGAGAGAUCAGCCUGGAGACCUCAGGGCCAGGCGCGUCAGUCGGAGCGCAAUUGUUGAUCAGAUCACAUCCAGCGGACUUUGCGCGAGAAAAGAGAGGAAGCCGAGAUUUAAGAGCGAGUUGUUUUGACUGCAUCCCACUGUAUGUCUGUAGAAGCGGUGACUUUGGCUUAAACGCGCUCCCUUUUUACACCUCCUGUUUCUUUUUUUUUUUUUUCUUUUUUCUCUCGCACACUUUUUACGCACAGUUUUGUCGGACCAUAGAGCUGUGCGAUAAUCCGGCGGUGGAGAUGUCUUUUCCCCAGCUAGGCUACCCGCAGUACUUAAGUGCCUCCCAGGCGGUGUACGGGAGCGAGAGGCCGGGAGUUCUUACGCCCUCGUCCCGUGGAGGGAGCACCGAAAUCGGGGGAAGCCCAUCCGCCACCGCAGCGGCAGUCACGUCAGUAUUGGGCAUGUACGCCAACCCGUACGCACACAACUACAGCGCUUUUUUACCUUACACCAGCGCGGACUUGGCUCUUUUCUCACAAAUGGGAUCCCAGUAUGAGCUGAAGGACAGCCCUGGCGUCCAUCCUGCCAGUUUUGCUGCCCACACCUCUCCGGCCUUCUACCCAUAUGGUCAGUUUCAGUAUGGAGAUCCGGCCAGGCCCAAGAACGCCACCCGGGAGAGCACCAGCACCUUAAAAGCCUGGCUCAACGAGCACAGGAAGAACCCCUACCCCACCAAAGGGGAGAAGAUCAUGCUGGCCAUCAUCACCAAAAUGACUCUGACUCAGGUCUCCACUUGGUUCGCCAACGCCAGGAGGAGGCUCAAGAAGGAGAACAAGGUGACCUGGGGAAGCAGGAGCAAAGAGGACGGGGAGGACGGGAACUUGUUCGGCAGCGGGGACGAGGCGGAGAAAAAUGAAGAUGAGGAGGAGAUCGAUUUGGAAAGCAUAGAUAUAGACAAAAUCGACGAUAACGACGGGGAUCAGAGCAACGAGGAUGAUGAUGAUAAAUCAAGUGAAGGGAACAGGGACCACAGGGGAGGAGGUGGAGGAGGAGGAGGAGGAGGUGCGGGGGGAGACUUGGACAGCUUGGAGAAAAGACGGGCCUUUGCCCUGCAGGCCCAUGAGGCCUUUGACAAAGCUAAGAGCGCAAUUUCAGUCCUCCCAGGGAGUAAGGACAACUCGGACGGCAACAACAACAACACCACGAGAGUUUUGUCUCCGGACAGACCUGGAAACUUUCCCCUUCCGUCUAAUAAUAAACCCAAAAUCUGGUCUUUAGCAGAAACAGCUACCAGUCCUGAUAGUUCAUCUCAGAAACCCACGUCUCCUUGUGGCCCCACAGCCACGACGCACCCAUCCGCGCCGCACCACCAGAUCCAAACCCACCCGGCCUUCCUCCCCAGUCAUGGACUCUACACAUGCCAGAUUGGAAAGUUCCAUAACUGGACAAACGGGGCUUUUCUGGGUCAGAACUCCCUGCUCAAUGUCAGGUCGUUUCUGGGAGUAAACCACCACCAUCACCACAACCACCACCUACCACCGACCCAACAGCAGCAGCAGCAGCAGCAGCAGCCGACGUCAGUGGUGGUGUCGCCGGUAGCAGCUGCAGCAGCGCUCACCGGUGACAGCAAGGCCCCACCGGAGACCCACAGUCCCAAGCACAUAGACCAUGAAAAUGUUGUACGGUCUGAUUCUCCUCCAGCACAGCCCCUGAAGUCUUCCUUUCGACCCCUCCAUGACAGAUCCUCUCUGCCUUCCAGCGCCAGGAGUCCACAAGACGCCACGCAACGGGUCCUCACCGCACUCUCCUCGGCUUGAUCAAGACAUUUUUUUUUGUGCUGAAAAAAAAAAAAAAAAAAAAAAAAAAAAGACAAGAAAAAUAGAAAAAAAGAGAGACUCCACUCCCUAAAAAGGACAAUGAGAAAUAAUGCAGCGUAGCAUUCAGUCGGUACAGAA